CCGAGUGAAGCCUUUUUCCUUUCACUGUACACACUACAGGCGCCUCUCCUGCUGUGUCAUGCCAGCAGAUUUAUUUUCAGCCAAAACUUCUGAAAGGCAGACUGGAACCUACCAUCCUAUACAUGGGGCAGAGAGAGAGAGGAAAACGGGGAGCUGUGGACCUCACAGCUGUCGGGACUGAGGGAAGCCACUGAUGCGUCACUCUCAGAACACACCCUGCCCAUGAUACGGUGUGGUACACUGCAGUGCAGCGGACAAGAAGUGGUAGAGAGACGAUGGAGGUGGUGUGUUUGCCAAGGUUGCCUCGGGUUGCAGUGUGCGGCGGCACACAUGGCAACGAGUUGUCGGGAGUGUAUCUGGUGAGAGAGCUCUUGAAAGUACAGAAGGAGACAUCAGAGAAGGCAGAGGAGAAGAGGAAGAAGUCAGUGCUGAUGGUUCUGGCAAACCCGAAGGCAGUGCAGCGGUGCCGCAGAUACAUCGACACUGACUUGAACCGCUGCUUCACUCACGCCAUCCUCAAUUGUCCCUUACCAGACAAGCCCCCCUACGAGAUGGUCAGAUCCAGAGAUUUGAACGCCUUGCUCGGACCCAAAGGAAGCCGUGAUGCUGUGGAUCUUGCUUGCGACCUCCACAACACCACAGCCAACAUGGGCCUGUGCUUCAUCUCGUACUCAGACUGUGACUGGAUCUGCCUACACAUAUUCAGACACCUGCAGAGGCAGAUGCCAGACAUACCAAUCAGGUACAUCCAUUUUGAUGUCUCCAAUAAAGAAUCGUAUUCUCUUGAUUCAGUAGGAAAACACGGCUUUGCCAUGGAGAUUGGCCCUCAACCCCAUGGUGUGGUGCGGUCAAACAUCUAUACAGCGAUGAAAUUAGGGGUGCAGCACAUGCUGGAUUGGGUGCAUUUCUUCAACUCAGGUACUAUUUUUGAGGGAGGACUUGUGGAGGUGUUCACAAUGGUUAAAAACAUUGACUACCCAAGAGACAGCGAGACCUGCAACAUCACUGCUGCCAUUCAUCCUCAGCUACAGGACAGAGACUUCUGCCUGCUUCACCCUGAAGACCCAAUGUUCCAGACUUUCUCAGGUGAAACGCUGAGGUUUAAAGGGAAAGAACCUCUUUAUCCUUUCUUCAUCAAUGAAUGUGCGUACUACGAGAAGGGCAUUGCUCUCUCCCUGGCAAGGAAAAGGUGUGUGAUGAUUCCUGCAAUCAGGGGGCAAACAGAGCAGGAAGAACAAGCUAAUGAGCAGGGAUUUGCAUCAGAAGAAGAAGAAGAAGAAUGAAAAUGGACUUUAACUAAUCAGAUACAAUGACAGGUAAAAAGGAAAUAAUGAGGCACAUAAUGAGGCUUAAGUGUCUAUAAAACAAAUUUUACAAAAAGCUUUUAUUGAAAUGACAGCUGAUGCUUUGACAAAUCAUGAUUACAUCCGCGUACACUCACACACAAUACUGAGGUGUAAAAUGUCAGGUCCAUAAAAUGCACAAACUAUUCACUGUUGAUUCACAAAAGCACAGUCAUACAGUGUUUUUUGUUAUAUGUGAGGGAUUCAGGGAAGAAAAAAAUCUUAAAUUAAAGGCUGAAUACGCAAAAUACAAUCUGCUUUACCAUAAGACCUAUUAGACCACACACAGUGCAACAUUUCACAUUAUUCACUUCAUGAAACUGUGACAAGGGGAACUUCAUAUAUUUCUGCAAACAUAAAGCAUGGCUUUUAGAUUUAUAACGAUUCAUUACUAAAUGUAUUUCAUUGUUAUUUAAUAUACACUGUCAAAAAUAGAAAUUCACUUCUGACCAUAACAGCAAUGUUCAGGAUAUGUUCAACAAUAUUUUAAGUGCAAAGGAAUACUGUAGUUUAUCACCAUAUGGCCUUAAAUUACAUUCAUAAUGCCUAACAGGGAAUUAAUGAUUCCCUUACAUCUUGUAAAAUUGAAAUGAUGACACAAAGUAGUAACUAUUGGAGUAACAAAUCAAAAUCAAAUAAAUAAAUCCACAUAUAAGCGAUUAACAUAAGGAUAAGGGUACACAUUUAUAGAAGGACAACAGAACACAAAUGGAUGCAGGUGUGUUUUGAAAAAUGAAAAGCUUUGGAUCUUUACUACAAAAACCUACAAAAAUCAAUCAACAUGUUUGAAAUAUGCUUGAAAAUAGCUAAGAAAGCAAUGUAAUGGGUAAACAGAAAUAUAAACAAAGUUUGACCUUAAUAAUGUCAAUGAAUAAAUAAAUAAAUAAAUAAAUAAGUGUUGCUUAAAAAAAGAGUGUGCAAGACGUGAUUCUUGAGUAAUUAUAGUGUGCACAGUAAUAAUCAACGCCUCUCCCUCUGUUCUCUUCACUGAAGCCUUCUUUCCCUGACUUUGUUCUGAAGCAGCUGAAGUAAAAGACUGACUGCGCGACAGCAAUCUCUUGCAAUAAUAAACAUCUUAUGAUGGCUUUUUGUGUUGCUGCAGUUCCGUGGAAACAAGCUCAGGGUGUGUCUGGCAUGCCUUUUUGUUACAGGGAGAUGUUUUUGAUUUGUGAACAUAGGGGAAGUGUCAACACACCCAACUGUAAAUCUGAGGUAAAACUGAAAAGAUGCAUAUAUGAAAUGUAUAAUUAACCUCAUGGCACCGACUACUGUGCGUGAACAGUACUCAGUGGGUGUAGUUUGUUGUUGAACCUGUUUGCUUUAUAAACACCUUGAUUAAUCUUCCAUUAUAAAAACGUUUGGCUAACCUUUGAUUAAUAAAAAACUUGCGGUCUCUGCUUUUUCUUGUCGAGGCAAACUUUUUGGCAAUUCUGAUGCAUUUCUAAA